AUGUUGAAAUUGUUAGAAAAAGCCCUAAUUAUACUCUCAAGUCUAAAUACAGAAAAAAUAGAAAAUGGUGAAGAAGUAGUAGUAGAGGAAGUGGAGGAUGAACAGUCGAAAAUGGAAGGAAUGGCAUCAAUAGCGUUGUUACUAGAUGGGUCAAUCUCGGGUCAUUUUGUUCAGCUUCCCGAGUCCAUUUAUUACCAGAUGGGUCAAUCUCGUCUUUUCGUCUCGACUUCAUAUCUCUCUGUAAAGCAACCGACGACUUCAUAUCAGAAGUGGAGGUGGCAGCCUAAACACUGUAAUUUGCCAAAGUAA